AUGACAAGUGAGGGUAGUUUCAUUCAGCCAGCAAUUCCUCAAUUUGUAGGGCACUACGAUCACUGGAGCAUGCUGAUGGAAAAUUUCCUUCGCUCCAAGGAAUACCGGCAAGUAAUUGAAACUGGUUUUUCUGCUGCAGCAGAUGAUACUGAUCUCUCGGAUGAACAACAGAAGGCUAUAGCAGAUCAAAGAUUGAAAGAUUUGCGAGCUAAGAAUUACCUAUUUCAAGCCAUUAAUCGUUCAAUUCUUGAGACUAUCUUGGAUAAGGAAACUUCAAAGGGAAUCUGGGAUUCUAUGAAGAAAAAGUUUCAAGAAAAUGCAAGGGUCAAACGUGCGCAGCUGUUUCUUGGUGAAAUAUUGAAUGAUGUCACUGUUAUUGAAAAGAUCAUGCGUUCUAUGAUUUCAAAAAUUAAUUAUGUUGUUUGCUCCAUUGAGGAGUCCAAAGACUUGGACACCAUGUCCAUUGAUGAACUACAAAGUAGUUUGUUGGUUCAUGAGCAGCGCAUGCACAAUCAUGUUGUGGAAGAGCAAGCAUUGAAGAUUACUCAUAACAACAAUGGUAGCAAAUUCGGUCGUAGCAGUAACACUUUUCAUGGAAGGGGACGUGGUCGUGAGAGGCAAGGCUUUGACAAAUAUUUUGUUGAAUGUUUUUAUUGUCAUGACCUUGGUCAUUUCCAGUAUGAAUGUCCAAAGAAGAGCAAAGAAAGGGAAUCACAAUCACAAGCUUAUUAUGUUGAAACUGAUGAACCGUUGUUACUCAUGGCAUAUGUUGAUAAUGCAAAGAAGAUGGAAUCAAAAGGCUUUUUUUCAGAACCUGACUCUCUUGAAGUGGAUGAAUGCAUAGAACCUGAUUGUCUUGAAAUGGAUGAAUGCACAAUGGAGUUACUUCUAAUGGCUCAUGUUGAGAAAGCACCUGAUGAGACAACAUGA